AAUGGAUUUUCAAGGUAAAUAAAUUAAUUUAGUCAAAAGUAUAUAAAGGCUCCGCUUUUAUCGUAUUGGAAACACAAUUAAGUGAUUUGCUCAUAAACAAGCAGCGGUAGUUUUUAAAAAAAAGUAUUUUAAUUAUUCACAAUGAAAAUUGCAAUGUAUUUGCUUUUAAUUGUUGGUUUUAUACAACUUUUGUCAAUUGAAUCGGCACCGGCUCAGCGAACUAAAUUUAGCUUUGAUCAGUGUCCGAAAUUCGCGAGUCAUUUUUCGCUGUUAUAUACAACUAUGACUGGACAAAUAAAUAAUAUAUCAUCCCUAUUAUUGGGUCCAGAAACUCUAGUUCCUUUGGGUCUGCCAUGUCUAUAUAAGAAAUUUGGUUUGUUUAAUGACGAUAAAUCAAUUAAUUACAAUUUAUAUAAAAAACUGAUGUUGGAGACUGUUGGAAUAAUGGGUCAGUCCCAAGAAAAUCUUGAAAAAUAUUUAAGUCUUAUCCAACAUUGCUACUCAAAAAAAGGUGCUGAUGAAUUUGAAACUUUUACGCAAGUAGCGGAAUGUGUCAAUAAAGUAGAAUUUAGUCCGAAUUAAUAAUGUCAAAACUAAUACAUUUAUUCAUUAUGUAAAAUAUCAUUUUUUUUAUUUAUUGAUCCCCAUUUAAUGAUUAAUGCGUUGUAAAAACUAUUUAGAAUCUUCAACUAGAUUAAAAAAGUAAAAAAAUUAAGUAAUUAAAAAUUAUUAUUAUGACACCGUAUUAUCGACAUAUUCAAGGUAAAAUAAUUAAUAAAAUAAAAAAAUGAACUUGUCAUUAAAAAUAAAGCUCAAAGAUCAUUUGAAAACAAACGUAUUAUACUUCUUCUUGCUGGCAGUGCUAGUGCUAAUGUAAUUAAAAAUGAUUAAUUGAAACAAAGAAACACAAAUGACUUUGUUUUUUAUUUCUUAUCAAAUUAAUUGUAAAAAACUUGUCUAAGCCAAAAAAAUAAAGUAAUUAAAUUGAAAUAAAGAAACACAAAUGACUUUGUUUUUUUCA